AAGCACUGCUCUGUGAAUGUAAAUGUGUCUCUGCUGUCUCAGAAAUUGACCGCCUACCUGGACCAGAAUCUGAACAAGUGCUACGUCAUCCCGCUCAACACCUCCAUCGUCAUGCCUCCCAGAGACCUCCUGGAGCUGCUCCUGAACAUCAAGGCUGGCACCUACCUGCCUCAGUCCUACCUGGUCCAGGAGGAGAUGAUGGUGACGGAGCGCCUGGAGCACGUGGACCAGCUCGGCUCCUUCAUCUACAACCUGUGCCGCGGCAAAGACACCUUCAAGCUGCAGCGCAGAGACCGCAUCCUGGGUAUCCAGAAGCGUGAAGCUCUCAACUGCCACAAGAUCCGUCACUUCGAGAACACGUUUGUGGUGGAAACCCUGAUCUGCGAGCCCUGAGUGGCGGUGGCAGCGGCGGUUGNCGGCGGUUGGCGGCGGUUGGCGGCUGCAGUGAGAUGUGUUUUUAAUGCUCACCUGUCUCUUCUUUCUGUCUUUACUUCAGGUAGUGAGUGAGUGCGAGGAGUGAAAUGUGAAGCUGUUUGCUGAAUAUUCUUUUUGAUUGUCAAAAGUAUUUUUCCACUUUUCUGUUCGGGGAUCUUCUUGGAAUCUUUUCAUAAAAUAACUAGUUUAAUAGUAAAUUAUUUUAAUCAGUAUACCUGCAAUUAUAGCACCAACAUUGUUCUUAUUAGAGAAGGGACUUUUAGUUUGCCUUUUUGUUUUCAGUCCAAACAAGAUUUCAGAAUAAAGGGCACUUUUCUACCACUCGCUCUGAUCCAGGGAGACUGUUUUUGUUUUUUGUAUUUUGUCUGCUGUAGCUAUUAAUACACUGCACCUGUUCUUUCUUAACUGGGAGAGGAUCUUAAAGCCAGAGUGCGUUCAGCUUUAAACCUCCACUCACUCAGACCUUAAAAUCUUUUUCUCAAGGGUUGUCUGUCUUUUUUUGAAUGUGUAAUUUUUUGGAUAACUCUUGCUGUUGUACUAAUUUGUGUAUAUAAUCUCUUUAAAGAUAUGAACAGACCAACACAAUAAACAAAAUGGAAAAAACAAA